UAAACUUUGGAAAAGAUGUUAGGAGACCGUGAAACGUCACAAACUCGUCAAACUCUUCGCCAUUACGUAGUUUAGUUGCAGGGACUUGGCGACAUUUUGCAGUAGGAAUGUUUGGUUUGAUUGGUCGGUCUUUACAAUCUCAGACUUCAGAAAUGUCGACAUGCUUCAUGAAACCGAAGAGUUCGGUUAAAACAUGCAAUAAAUUUGCCAGAAUAUAAGGGUAAAAGGUGCGCAGAAGAAGAAAGUAGUCCAAAAGAGUCGAAUCCAGAGCUCAUGGAUGAACACUGAUUGACAGAUGCCAUGCAAGUCUGGAAAUUUGGUCUGUUCUUACUCCUUUUUGCCCAAAGUUUGGCACUUGAAGAGGAAGAGGAAGAGGACACAGUGGCUGAAGAUAUCGGUGUCCAUCAGCUGGAGCGUCUGGUGGAACUGCUGGCGCCUUCUGAGUGCGAGGACCUCCUGGUUUCACUCUCUAAUUCAGAAGAAGAAAUCGCGCAACGUAUUGUCAAGAGAGACACCUCUUCACUUGAAGAAAGUGAGGCUAAGUGUCGUAAGGACCUGAAAGAGAGGCUUCAAAAAAGCGAUCCAGAGAUGUACUAUGACCGACUUACUCGGGCCUUGCACCACAUCGGCAGAGCAGACAUCGCCAACGAACUGGGCAAGAACAUCAACCAGGAUAAAAUUUUAAACCUAAAACGUUAUGCCGAAGGCUAUCAUGAGUUUAUCAAGUCCAUGAACUUCGAAGAGGCGGAACCAGAAACAGGCGAAACGAAAAGACAGAAAAGAGCAUCCGAUUUGACUUGGCGCGACCUCGAUUUGAUUGUGGAGCGACCCCCAGUCCCUGCGUACUCCACGGGCCCUUUGGACGUGGCACUCCCUCUUCUGUAUGGGAUCCUGUUGGGCUUCGGGGGAACCUUGCUUGCCGCCGUCUCCACACUCUACAUUGUCUUGCGUAUCUCACGCCGGAGCCAGAAGAGUUGUCGUCCCAGGGUUCGCUCCCUCCCCAGUUACGAGGUAAUAACUGAAAAUUAGACAAGGCUAUUCUUGACUUGAGAGUGACUGGACAAAAAGUAGGUGAUGUACUAUAAUACUCAACAGAGCAAAUAAAGCACUUCCAACAGGAA